CUAGCUUUGUCUCUGACCGACGCGAGUCAACUUUUAAAUGAUCCUGCAACUUUGUGUCCUGUGUUGCCUUGUCUCUGGUGUCAGUGCAGACAAUGGCAAGACAUACAAUGACAACAGCACCAGAUCAAAACGUAGCAGUGUGGAGGAAUUUUUCACCCCCAACACUUGCUUGAAUUGUGCCAGCUCCCAACCCCGACAAGUGGUCAUCCUGUCAAACGGAUUUCAAGUGAUGUGUGACACGCUGACAGACGGGGGAGGAUGGACGGUGAUACAGAGAAGAUUCAACGGACAAACAGAUUUCUAUCGGGGGUGGGAGGAGUACAAGUAUGGGUUCGGAAAUAUGACUGACGGAGACUUUUGGCUAGGCAACGAAAAGAUUCAUCGUCUGACGACAGAAAGGCAAUACGAGCUGAGGGUCGAUUUUACAUUUAAUGGUCAAAACUUCUACGCAAGAUAUUCAAGCUUUUGCGUGUAUGGACUUGCGGAGUUUUAUAAGUUGAAGGUCAGCGGCUACUCAGGGAACGCUGGUGAUUCUUUAACUCAGAAACACAACAACAUGAGAUUUAGCACAUUCGACGUAGACAACGACCCGGUAAGCGAUAACUGCGCCCUCGCUGGUCGCGGAGGCUGGUGGUACAAUAACUGUCAUACUGCAAACCUGAACGGAAAAUGGGGGAGCACUGUAUUUGGUGUGGGUGUGAACUGGUUCGACACAACAACGUACACUGCUUCGGCUACGUUCACUGAGAUGAAAAUAAGACCGGUUUAAUGAGACAAUGUAGCCUCUUUCUUCUUAAAGAAAUAAAAUUGCU